CUGCUCAACCAAUGGAUGGACACUUGUCAGCGGGAUCACCGAUCAUAUUGCUCAUACGUCGGGGAUCGUCUUCUUGGUACAGGCUUUUCUUCGCCUGCCCGUCUCCUCUUCUGUGGCGCCAGCGGUCUCCGGCUUGUUGACGCUGCCGAGCUGCCACGGGACGAGGAUGGCUUCGGCCCUACAUACACAACCCUCAGCUAUCGCUGGGGCAAGCCUGCUUCAAUGCAUACAACAACCAAAGCGAACCUUGCGGCGUCUAUGCAAGGACUCAACUUCGAAAGCCUGCCCCUGACCUUCCAGCACGCCAUUCUGGUGUCUCGGGCCAUCGGGAUCGUUUAUAUCUGGAUCGAUGCCUUGUGCAUCGUGCAAGACGACGAAGAGGAUAAGGCCCGUGAAAUCUCUCGCAUGGACCUGAUUUACUCAACUUCGUUCUGCGUGAUCUCGGCC